AUGCCCAGUGUCUGCCAUACAAGCCCGAUAGAAAAGAUUAUCCAACAAGGGCAUCGCAUACAGAAUGAUUCCUUAAUACCGUCAAAACGCACCAAGCUGGCCCAUACGGAAUUAACAGCACACUAUGCCACUGAAGACUCGCAUGUGGAAAAACACUUUUUGCAUAAUGGUAGUAAUUUUGACGGCAUUGACAAUGUAAGGUAUCAAAAUCAACCCUCUCCAUUAACCUUCAUUACUCCAAACAACACUGUAGAUUCCAGUGAUUGGGUUCCGCAGUUCUCGUCUAUGAAGAUUGACGAUUCACUAGAGUUUAGCUCAGAAUAUAAAAGGUUGUAUUCCAAUUACGAGUCACAGCAGCGCCUGAAUUCAAGCAGACAACACUUACCUUUUAAGAAUUGUAUGAUAAGGAAGACAAGUUGCACUUACCCACCUCAAAAGACGCUUCGACAGCAACGCCAAGGAAACCGGGACAACCCAACGGAUGCGUUUCAAUUCGACGCGGAGUUCCAAGUUUUGGAGAGAGAAAUUCAAAAAGAGCGGUACGAGCCCAUAACACGUCGGGACGAGAAAUGGUUCGACCAAGAUCAGUCGGAACUGCAAAGGAUUGCCACAGAUAUAGUAAAAUGCUGUACUCCACCGCCUUCGUCUGCAUCCUCCUCUUCUACUCUUUCCUCCUCUGUCGAAUCAAAACUAUCUGAGUCGAAGUUUAUUCAGUUAAUGAGAAACAUUAGUAGCGGUGACGUGACUUUAAAGAAAAAUGCAGAUGGAAAUUCCGCAAGCGAGUUAUUCUCAUCCAACAACGGGGAACUGGUCGGAAACAGGCACAUUUUCGUCAAGGACGAAAUUCACAAAGACAUACUUGAUUGA